AUGGAGUACAGGAUGCUCAAGACCGAGGGCUUUCUCAGGCUGCUCUCUGUGGUGUUUACGGCGCUCACGGCCUGCGUCAUUGGGCUCGAUACGCAGACGAAGGUGGUCUUCGUGGAGAAGAAGGCGACCGUCAAAGACUUGUCUUCAUUAUGGUAUGAUAGUCCAUCUCCGUAGAGAAACGGAGAAUGGGCAGGUAGAUGAUGACUGAUGCACUUUAUUCUUCCUGUUAGGGUUCUAACAAUCGCUGCUUCUGUCGCGGGAGCCUACCAGCUCCUUCAAUUCUGUAAGUGCCUGCUCAUUGGCCUGUCAGGGGAAGGCAACUGCCGUUGCAGCAAAGGCCUCUCGUGGGUUUGCCUGCUUUUAGACCAGGUACCUUCGCCCUUCCCCCCUCUGCAACUUCCCCUGCGCUCUUCGGAUUGUUUAGCGUUUGAAUGUUCUCGUCCAGAGAGAGAGAGAGAGAGAGAGAGAGAGAGAAGGUUAUAGAUAAUGAAAGAAGAACACGAGAUCAGAGGCAGAGGAUGACGGGAGCGAUGGGUUGAUCGUUGUCGUCUGGGAUUUCUAGGAAUUCUACUAAUUCCAAAACCGCAUGCAUGAUAUUCAUCGACUGAUCUUAUCCCUACUCUUCUCUCUCUCUCGCUCCCCGUUUUAGGGUUUUACGUACGGCAUGGUUUGCACUACGGCGGCGGCGACCCAAGCUUCGCUGUUAGCGAUCACGGGAGCCAACUCCCUGCAGUGGAGGAAGGUCUGCAGCAUUUUCACCAGAUUUUGCGAGCAAGUCGGUGGGGGGCUCGCCUGCGCUUUCGCCGCUUCACUGGCCAUGUCUAUGCUGGCCGCCAUCUCCGGCUACCGCCUCUUCAGAAACCACUACGCCCUGAAACGGGCCUCCCCGAAGAGCUAG